AUUAAGAGACAGAGUAUCUUCCUACGACCUACUAUUCUUUGUCAAAAAGUAGAACUCUUGCUUGAAGUUCUUCCCUUGCUCUUGUUUUUUAUCUUCUUCUUUUACAAUGUUUCCAGAAUCAAACAGCAUGUAAUAUAAGAUUCCUAGUGAUUGCAAAGAGAUUUGGUGAAAAUGAGUGUUUCUCUAUCAGUGAUGACAUUCAAUCUGCUUGAAGAUCAGGCAGAAGAGAGCCCGAAUUCGUGGGAUAAAAGGAAAGAUUUAUGUAUCAGUGUCAUCACCAGUUACUCCCCAAUCAUUCUUUGUACCCAGCAAGGUGUGAAGUCACAGUUGGACUAUCUUCAACAAUGCUUGACAAGUUAUAAUCAGUUUGGAGUUUCAAGAAAAGGGGCUGAUGACAUUUCAGAUCAGCACUGCACCAUUUUUUAUGACAAGGAAAAGGUGGAGCUUUUGGAAGGUGGAACGUUUUGGAUGUCAGAAUCGCCUUCAGUGCCUGGAAGCAUGUCUUGGGGGUCCACAGUACCAUGCAUUGCGACUUGGGCUACAUUCCAACUAAAAGGAGUUGAACCACCCGGCUUCAAAUUUCAGAUAGUUAAUACAAACAUGGAUGAGAUUUCUGCCCGGGCCAGAAGGCGGGGUGCUUUGUUGACAUGGCAACACAUUGCAUCUUUACCGCCUAGCUUGUCAGUUGUAUAUUGUGGAGGUUUUAACACACAAAAAGAAUCAACUAUGGGGCGUUUUCUUCUUGGCAGAUCUAGGGAACAUGGAGUUGUGGGUGAUAUGAGGGAUGCUUGGCCGAAUGCUCGUGUGAGGAAAAACAUGUCCCUUAUACGCACUUAUCACGGAUUUAAAGGUGACAAACACGGGCCAGUUGAGUGCCUCAAGCUGAUUCUAAGAGCACUCUGCCUUUGCUGGGACCGGCAAACUCAAGAUCUUCAUGUUGACUGGAUACUGUUUAGAGGCAGGUCUCUUGUGCCAGCCUCGUGUGAAGUGGUGAAUGACAACAUUGAUGGGUUUUACCCAUCUUCUCAUUAUCCAGUAUUUGCCGACUUUAUUCUUCCUCGCUCAGUGAGAUUGAUCGAAAUGCCCACACAAGAUGGGAACUAAGGGUGAUGAAUCAAAUUUUGAAUGUCUUUCUCGAUAGUGUAAAAGUCAGUUUUAUGUUCAAAAUGUCCAUUUCGUUAUAGUUUUUGAAUCUUUUUGGAAUAUCACUUCAACUUCCAUUUUUGGGGGUCGGGGUGGUACAUAGCGUGGUUUGAGAAUUGUGUUGGUUGUGCUUUCUUUAUCAGCAGAGCGCAUUGCAUUAUUACAUCUUUACAUUGUCCUCUACACCAUAGUAAGUUAUUCUUAUGUGGUAUAAUAUAAUAGGUGAGUCUAUA